UGUCAUUCCCCCGCCCCUCUCUCGCCUUUGACGUCUUCGCCCAAAAGAAUUCUUUAUAAAAGAAAGUGACAUUUAAAAUAAUACGUAUAACGUUAUAACUGUCCCAAUUAAAAUAAUGGGUUAUGACAUGAAUGCCUAAUUACACCAGUAAUCGAUUUUAAUUAAUACCGUUCUUUUAGCUAGGAAACGUCUGAACCGUUGACAGCAGCAGCAGCAAAUGUAGACUGGUCUAAAAAUGAACGACCAACAUUCUCUGAACGUUAAUACUAUUGACAGCCUCCUCUUUCAGUUUGCUCUUCAAACUCGGGAGCUUUCCCAAAAGAAGAAUGAAAUCAACCAACAAAUUAAAGUUUGUAGAGCUGAUACUGCUGAGAGGAGGUCUUACAUUGAAACAAUCCACAGAGAUAUCAAGAAACUUGAGGAAGAAAUCAGGGUGAAACAGAACACUGUGAUACAUAAUAAAGCAAAUGCCAGAAGCAUGAAGGUGACUAACAGCCUGCUUCUUCAGUAUGAGCAGACACUGAAAGCAGAACUGGAAAGCAGAAAAGCCAGCUUCAACCAUGACACGGAAGUCUACGAAGAGAGAAUUGCAAGCUACAGGAAGACAUUCCAGUUGCAUAAAGAAUAUUAUCACCAAAAUACUCUUGCUCAAAAGCUCCUCACGCUGCAGGCUGAAAAAGAGGAGAUUGAGUAUAGGAUCAAGACUUGUGAUGAGCAAAUAACAAUGAAACAGAAGGAGCUGUACCAUCUUGCUGGUCCAGCAGUCAAUUCUUCAUCCAAUGAGGAACUACCAGACAGUGUUUCUGGCCAACAGCCAAAAGCUGAAUCAGAGAAACCUCAGACAGAGGAGGAAAAUAAUUUUUCCAUUGACAUCUCUUCUCUUCAUCUCAACCAGUCAAAGAUCUUGCAGAAUCGUCAUAGAACUUCCACAGGGGCAAACACUGAAGAAAUCCAUGAGGAAAACAAGGUCCAGCAUACUACCGCCUUCAGCCCUUCCCCAGAAAUAGAAAGCAGUGAACUGUGGUCAUGUCAUCCGUUGGAUGAGCAAACACAGCCAGAUGAGAUGCACACUGAGGAGCAGGAAACUGGACAAGAGGACCAAGUCUUGCCCACUGUAUCAGUUAUGGAGGAGGCAGAGGAGGACGAGGUGGGGGAAAAGGUAGUUAUUGAUAAAGAGCAGGCACCAAGUGAAGAGGACAACGAGGAAGUCACUGCUUUUCCUCUCUCAUCAUCUCAAGAGACAAAUCCUCAGUCAUCCCCGGCAGGAAUGACAGCCGUGCCUUCAACCCCAUCAUUCCCAUUUAACUUUAGCCAUGCCAGCUCCCCACAUCAAGGCACCUCUCAUCCCAAAUCUCCAGCUUUCCUGUUCUCUCUGAACUCUGAUCCUAGCACCCCGGGCUUCUCUGGGUUUGGAUUUGACGUGUGCUCGCCACAGGAUGAGGAGUCAUCUUUCAAUUUUACCAGCUCUUUUUUCAACGAGAAGAAAACCACAGAAUCAAAGUCUGCUACCUGUCCAGAGUUCUUGUUUGGCCAACCAGAGCAAAUUGAAGACUUCCAGUUUGCCUUUACUCCCAAGAGCCCUCAGGCAACUAACAAAGAUACCACCAGGGAGGAGUUUCCAUUUUCAUUCAACUUUUAAGAGUUGGAAGAAAAACAUCUGAAAUGCUGAAUUAUUUGUUUGAAAAUUGUGUUUGUAAGACCAGUUUGUUACUUAUUUUCUUCGUUAAUGUUCUUAUAUAGUAGGUAAUGACAAAUACCUUUGCUAAGGGUUCAUGGUUUACCACUAUAAUACAACUUCAACAGUUGAAAAAGUUUGCCAUGUAGGAUUUUGUUUCGGUUUGUUAUUUCUUUGUGUCUGUUUAACUUAAUAUGACAUUUUAAAAGCUAUUUACACUAAAAAUAACACAUUUAUAACAUUUUCACAGUUGAAUGACAUUUUAUUGAAGAUUUAUCAUUAUUAUCAAAAUAAUACACAACAUAUGUUUAUAUUUCUUUACAGCUUUCUCUAUUAUACAUAUAGUAGUUGUGAAGUUUAUUACACUGUGUAAUAAACUGCAUAUUUUGUGUAUUGCUUCAGUUUGCAUUCAUUAAAAACAGAAGCAGUGUUUCAAUCCUUCACAGUGUAUAAUUAAAAGAAAAUAAUCACCACACUGG